AUGGAAAUGGUGGUUCUUCCCGAGAACCACCCUGAUCGGCAUGUCAAGAUCAACACUACCCUUACUGCUGCCCUUCGAGCUGAUUUCAUCCAAUUUCUUUGCGAUCAUUCUGAGGUGUUUGCCUGGUCGUACGACGACAUGCCCGAUAUCUCUCACGUUGUCAUAUGCCAUAAAAUCGUGCCCCAAAAGGGAAGAUCGUACGAUGCUGAAUGA